AGGCAGAACAGGGGCUCCCGACCUUCCUCUUCAAUUCUCUUAAUCGUCGAGAUCCUAAAUCAGCUUCUUGUUUAGUCACUUUGCAAGAACCUCUGGAUCCGUCUGUUGCUGCACAAGGUCCUAGCUCAGGGUUCUCACCAGGUUUUGUGCUUUUGGGGGGCAGUUCUGGGAGGAGUAAGAACAUUCUCAGACCAGGACUUUUGGGGAGGGGUAUAAAAUAAAAGGCAGAGUACUGUAAAGGAAACCAAGAACAAAGCACUUGUCAAAAUGUUAGAAGAGGAAGUGGGUGUUAGCUGCAGCCAGCUGUUAAGAAUGCAGUUGGAGAUCCCCCGCAGCCGCGCUGGGGUGUCUGGGUUCUCAUCCAAGGCACUGCAUUUCUGAGCCAGCUUUCUGUGACAGUCACCCGGGAGGCAGUUCAGGUGAUUGGAUCUUUUCCUCCUCCCUGGGUGUUCCUGGCUUUGGGCUUCCACUUGGUCCAACAUUGGCUAUUGUGGGCGUUUAGGUAGUAAACCAACUGAUGGCAGAUUUGUCUCUGUUUAAAUUUUAAAAUAUUGAAAGAGUUUGUGAUAUAGUAAAAUAUGUGUCUUUAAAAUGCAUUAUUAAAUAAUAGGGAUCUAGCAAAAGAUUUAGUAGCUAUAUAAUUGUCAAGUGGCAAAGAUUAUAAAUCAUGUUUUUAGAUGUAGGCCUCACUUGCAAUGUAAAAAGGUACCUAAUAUUUCUGUUGGUGACAGAAUCUUGGUACUGUUAGUACUGCUGUGGUUUGCUGCCUACAUACAUAACUGAGGAAAUUGUUACAUUUCAAUGAGAUGUUAGUGAAACCAAAGUUGGCAGAUCUGGUUUCCAUUCUGAUUUUGUUCUAGGCCUUGUUAUAAACCCUUGCCUUUUGUUGUCACACAUUUCGUAGCUCCGAUCAAGCUGAGGAAUUAAACAUGUGACCCCAUUUGAAAGCCUGUUUGUGAACCUCCGUUUCUGUUCCUCCUCAGAGACUCACAAAGUUUUAGAGAAGGACUUUUGCAACUACCCAGCCCACUGGCCAGCCCCAGCCAACAUGGGCUGUGGCUGUGAGUAUGCUGCCUCCUGGUGCUGUACCCUCAGACAAAGCGUUAUCACCAGAAGUGAGCAACUAUGGCAUCUGAAUGUAGGAAAAACAUGAGCCAGUGGGGAGGUGGCACACCCGAUACUUUUGUCCAUCCUCAUUCUGUGUUACCCAAUAAAUGAUUGCGUUUUGCAUAUCCCCUAUCCUGUUCAAACAAAAGAUGUAUAAUUUGUAAAUAUUUUUUUUUUAAUUGUGUCAUGAACUGGUACUCUGAUUCCAGGGAAUAAUAGGCCUGGGUAACGGCCAGUCCCUGUGUCUGUUGCAGCUCUUCAGUCUCCUGGAAUGUGAGAUGCUCAGUGGGGAAUCCCGACACUCCUGACACUGAUGAGCACUUUGUGCAUCAUCUAGGAGACUGUUCACUCUACUUGAAGCCUCUCUCUCCAGUGCAUCACGUUCUGCAGUUUACAGAUAGCCGGAUCCAGCCUGAAGAUGACGUCACUCGUCUCGGCGGUGUCUGGGCCCCACGCACGGCUCUUUUCCUGCCUCCUCAGACUCGGCCCGCAGCAGGUUGGCUCACGUCAGCUGCACAAGGGGACCAGCUGUGCAGCUGCCAAGAGCUACUAUGAGGUGCUGGUGCUGGGUGGGGGCAGCGGAGGGAUCACCAUGGCUGCCCGCAUGAAAAGGAGAGUGGGUGCGGAGAACGUGGCCAUUGUCGAGCCUAGUGAGAGACAUUUCUACCAGCCACUCUGGACUCUGGUAGGUGCUGGUGCCAAACAGAUGUCCUCAUCGUACCGUCCCACAGCAAGUGUGAUUCCAUCUGGUGUGGAAUGGAUUAAAGCUAAAGUGGUUGGAUUGAACCCUGACAAGAACUGCAUCCAAACAGACAAUGGCAAGGAGAUCUCCUAUAAAUAUCUUAUCAUUGCUCUUGGAAUCCAGCUGGACUAUGAGAAGAUUAAAGGCCUGCCUGAAGGCUUUGCUCAUCCCAAAAUAGGGUCGAACUAUUCAGUGAUGACAGUAGAGAAGACGUGGAAAGCUCUGCAGGAUUUCAAGGAGGGCAACGCCAUCUUUACCUUCCCUAACACUCCCGUGAAGUGUGCUGGAGCUCCCCAGAAGAUCAUGUAUUUAUCGGAAGCCUAUUUUAGGAAGACAGGAAAGCGAUCCAAGGCCAAUAUCAUUUUCAACACAUCUCUUGGAGCCAUCUUUGGGGUUAAGAAGUACGCAGAAGCCCUGCAGGAGAUUAUCGAGGAGAGAGACCUGACCAUUAACUACAAGCAGAACCUCAUUGAAGUCCGAGCUGAUAAACAAGAGGCUGUGUUUGAGAACCUGGACAAACCUGGAGACACCCAAGUGUUUUCAUAUGAAAUGCUCCAUGUCACACCACCAAUGAGCCCACCAGAUGUCCUCAAGACGAGCCCUGUGGCUGAUGCUGCGGGCUGGGUGGAUGUGGACAAAGAAACUCUGCAGCACAAGAAAUACCCGAAUGUGUUUGGGAUUGGGGACUGCACCAACCUGCCCACGUCGAAGACCGCCGCAGCAGUCGCUGCACAGUCGGGAAUACUUGACAAAACAAUCUCUCUGGUAAUGAAGAACCAAACACCAAGGAAGAAGUAUGAUGGCUACACCUCGUGUCCACUGGUAACUGGCUACAACACUGUGAUUCUUGCCGAGUUUGACUAUGCAGCUCAGCCGCUGGAGACCUUCCCCUUCGAUCAGAGCAAAGAGCGCCGUUCCAUGUACCUCAUGAAAGCCGAUAUGAUGCCUUUCUUGUACUGGAACCUGAUGCUGAGGGGCUACUGGGACGGACCGGCGGCUGUGCGGAAGCUUUUGCACCUGGGUAUGAGUUAAGGCGGCAGGCUCAGGACCUGCUUUCCUUGGAUGGAGGAGAGUCGAUUGGGCAAGAGCAGCACAAAGGACUCAGUGAAGAGUUUCCUGCUGGAGAAUGGUGAUCGCGUGCUGACUUUUUCAGGAUCUCUGAACAGCCACCAUGUGGGCUGACCCAGAUGUGUGUGUGUGUGUUUUUUUUUUUUUUUAAUAUGAAGAUGAAAUAAUAGACUUCUCUUUUCUAAAUAAAAGUGUGCACUGAUUGAGUCCUGUAAAAA